GCUUUGUUCUACAUCCACUUUUUUCUAGCUUUUUUUUUUUUAGAUGAAUUUCCGCCAUCCUUUAUAGAUAACUCCAAAACCGAAAGCCAUUGGACCGUCUCAUCUACCAGCUAUGUCGAUUGUUACAAGAUAAAAUACAGUUUCGAGAAGAAUAGCUUAUACAAGCAGUAUUUGUUGAAGAAAAAGCAGAUCUAAUGUAAAACAACUAACGUACUUACCACCAAGUUCCGAGGAGGAGAAAUACUACAGAAAGAUCCAAAACUAAAAGUGAACAAGACAACAGUUUCUUAUAUUUGUGGGAUGUAUCUUCGCCCUUGCUUUGGAUUGUGUGAUAAGAGUGGCAAAUGAAAGACCAGCCGCUCGAUGGCCAGCGAGGGAAGGUGGCAGCGCUCCACCCCACCAAGCCUAUAUGCUUGGAGAGCGUUAAGAGUGAACUGAAAAAUUCUGUUACUGGUACAACCAAUGCAACCAAUUUUGAUGAUGACUAUAAUGAAUGGGAGUUAGGAAUUGGUGAGCUUAUAAUAGAUUUAGACGCUGAUAUUGAAAAAAAUAACCAAAGAAGCGGUCAGCAUUCCCAGUCUAAAGGAAGUGGUAUUGUGAGUUCCGUUGGCGCAGUGUCUUUGAACCUUUUGUCCACUCAGGGGAUAAUUAGUGGAGGCAUGUCAAACUGUAAAUCACCACGAACAAAUUCUGGCGGAAGUAGCGCUGGAAGUUUGUCUAUUACUUCUGGAAGAAUGGGAAAUAUGGGUGCCUUAGUUGAACAUCAGGCAACUGUCGACAAAGGAUUAAAAAUGAAGAUAAAGCGAAAACACGUUGGCAGCAGAUCAUCCGAAGCAAAACUUGAAAUUGUGCAAUCCGACACCAAAACGAUCAGUGAAACAGUAGUUUCUUCUGCCAAUGGAGUUACUGGACCAGGCUCUUCAGAAGGCAAGUCCAAACACUCUUCCAGCAAAGGCCGGAGUAGUAGUCACAAAGAAAAGAAAGAUAAAAAUCGAGACAAAGAAAAAAAUAAAGCAUGUGAAAUAAACGGAAUUUUUGGAAUUACACCAAUAUCUGCACCAUCUUUAAAACUAACUGCCGAUAGUAUAUCAUUUUCUUCUUUACCCACACCCACAGUGAGUUUGGGCUUGCCUACUGGGCUAGUGUUGCCUAAAAGUGUAACCGAUAAUAGUGUUAUUCAUGAUGAUAUAAAGAGUACAAAUGUAACAGGAAGCUGUGCUUCAUCUUUAUUUAAUCACACAUCCAAGGUGGACUCGGAAUGUUCUUCCUCAUGUACAAAUAGUUCUGUUGUUUCAGUGCAAGAGGAUAUUACACAUGCCCCAUUAAAAAAGAAAUUAAAAGUGGAAAUGGAAGAAGAGAAAAAUGUGGACGACACAUUCUGUUCCCGAGAGACUAAAGAUAGCAGCACCAGCACCAGCGUGGGGACUUUGAUAGAACCAGAAUGUUUGGGACCAUGCGAACCAGGUACCAGCGUAAUAUUGGAAGGCAUUGUUUGGCAGGAAACAGACGGAGGAGUACUUGUGGUUAACGUAACGUGGAGAGGGAAGAGCUACGUUGGGACGUUACUAGACUGUACCAAACAUGAUUGGGAUCCACCAAGAUUUUGUGAAUCUCCUACCAGUGAUAUUGAUACCAAACCUACAAAAGGGCGAGGAAAAAGGGGAAGAGGGUCUUCAAAUUCAUCUGGUGAAGUACAAUAUUCAGACACAAGAACAGUUCAAAGUAAACUUCGAAAUGGCAAAGGGCGCAGGAAUGCAGUUAUUACUAAUGCUUCUAGAUUCACUGUGCCUAGUAAUCCAGUGAAGAGUGUUAGUGGCGCAACUGGGAGCGGUAAAAAGAAAGGAAGGUCUUCUGAUACAGAGACCAUUUCAUCGCCAAAUGAAGCCAAGUAUGUUAAGAAAAGCCGAUCUCAGAUGCGAAGCACUUCUUUACUUAGUACUACGUUGAAUCUUAAUACUGAGAUAUCUCAACCAAGUUCCCCGGAAUUUAUUGAGUGUCCCGAACCCAAUUGUAACAAGAAGUACAAGCAUAUCAAUGGUCUAAGAUACCAUCAGUCACAUGCCCAUAACAGUUCAGAUUCGGGUAAGGUAGACGAAGAAGGUAGAGAGCAAACUAAAGAUGUUAUGAACAAUUCUGAUAACAAUGAAAGUUUGCAAGAACCUUCAAGUGUACCACCUAGUCCAUCUCCAUCUUUACGAAGUUCUGCUUCACCUAGUCCUCUUUGUACAAGGGGUGAAAAACAGGGUGAAUCUUCAUUAGCUUCUUCUGGUUUGCGAAAUGAAGACUUAUCCACAUUUAAACCUCUUGCUUCAGGUUUAGAAUUAAGUGAAUCUCUUGAAGCGAGCAAGAGUAGUCCCAUUAUUCAGUUUGCUUCUGCUCCCAGUUUGUCAAGCUCCUCAACUGAAAAACCAAAUUUAGUGCCUUCAGAGUCAGUUGGGCAGUCACAUGUCUCAACAGAAUCCCCAGUAUCAUAUAUACCAGUCACAUUCAGCCAAUCUGUAGAACCAGAAAUUCAAAAUACGGUUUCGUAUUCUAUUUCAAAGACUUUCUCUCAGGUAUUGGGCAAUAUUUCUGUAUCUAAUGAUCCACCUAGUACAUUAAAUACCACAGCAAACACGUCAAUUCCUUCUGUAACCGUCAGCAUUCCAACUUCUCAAUUUUUAUCAUUUGGACAAGGUCAGAGCCAGCCGAAUUUAUUAGCUACAACAAAAGCAGUGAUAACCCCUAAUAUAUCAGUAUCAUUAUCCACUGUCCAGCAAAUAUCACCAACAAGUAAUUUAAACACAGUAGCAUCUUUAACCUCAGCUGGAGUUCCAGCAUCUUUCACAUCAGAAAAGAAUAAGUCAAAACAGGAAAAACUAGAAAAGACAAAGUUGAAGUCUUCGACCAUUAGACCAAUUGUACCAGCCCCUAUUGGUCAAAUAAUAACCACAGCAACGAGUACCCCUAUUACUCAUCCAACAUAUGGUCAUAAUGGACAUUCAAUGGUUACCUCAUCUUUAAAGCCAAUUCAACCAAAACCUACUAUUCUUGGUGAACCAACAACAAUAAAUCCAGUUUUGGAAGGUUUGAAGAAAGAAAAAAAUAGACAUAAGAGAAAAAGCAAAGAAAAGGAAAAGGAUAAAAAAAUAACUUCAGUUGGUAACUCUGACAAGAAACCUCUCGAUGGUGUAAAACCUUCUUUAGUUCAUUCCUUUCCAAUUAAACACCUACAAAAUAUGAAUUUAAACCCUAUCAGUAGAACUAGUAAAGAACACCAAGAACUAGUAACGACAAAUACAGGGGUUAAGAUUCCCUGCGAACUUCAUCUAGAAAUAAACACCAUUGAUUCCAGUAAUAUUAGCGAGAAUGUUCAAAGCCCAGCAUACUCUGACAUUUCUGAUGAUAAUGAAACAGCUCCUGUCCUGGAAUCAGAAAUGCAAGCUGCAAAGUCUAAAGAGGACAAAGCCACAGACCCUGAAAAUCAGGCUACACCAACAAAAUUAAGUCCUUAUGGUAUGUUUUCUUACUACAGUCCUCCUCCCUAUCUAAUUCCUGCUGCACCUCCACCAGUAUCUGUAUCAUUACCUUGUCCUGAGAAACCUGAUAUUGGCAAAAACUUUGCAAUUGACAAAAAUAAGGAAAAUAAAACGAGGCCAGAGAAAUCUCUGAAUUCUAGCAAAGAAAAAGAAAGUAUCUCUCAUGAAUUUAUUGAACAGAAAAUUGCACGUGAAGAACACAUUAAAUCAUCAAGUACGUCAACAAUGGAUGACAGUUACGGCGCUGCUACAUUACAACACACGUAUCCAUAUUCAUACAGUUUUAUUCCAGGUUAUCCUUGUGGUGUGGAUCCAUCCUACCAUAUGCGUUUGUUAGCCACUGAUCCACAUUACAAACAACAAUGUGAACGAUACAUUAAAGACAAAGGAAAGCUUCUGCAAGACCACUCAGAAAGACAAGAGCUCCAUAACAUUUCAAAAGAUAAUCGAUGCAUUGAUGGAAAAGACAGAAACAUUUCCACUGAGAAAAUUUCUCCAAUUAAUCCAGUAGCAGGAAUAGACUGUGCUUCAGAUCUUACUCUUAAUAAAAAAACAUCUCUUAACGCUUCAGCACAUCAUCACAAAGAACGAGGAAGAGAUCAUCAAAAUUCUGGAUCUGUAAACACAAGGAUAGAAACGUCACUCUCUGUUUUACCUUCUCUUAAGGAAAAGCAAAUUGAAAAUCAUCAAAUACUAAAAGAAAAUAUCGAAUUAAAAUCACAAAUGGACAACAAAUCGAAAUUAAACCAGUUAGAAGCUGUAAGAUUAUAUAAGCGCGAACUAGAAAUCCAAAGAUAUAAUAUGUUACGUAAUCAUUAUAUGGAUCAGCAGAAAUCUGACUGUGAGUCACAAACAUCUGUUAACCCACUUCAGCAAAAUGAACAUACUUUACAUCCAGAUUCACGUUCGUCUUCCAGAAAGCUGAGUCCAUUAAAUGAGGCAAGCAAACUAUCUUCUGUUAUAAAUUCUCCCAAGAAUGACCUUCAUAAGUUUAUAUCAAGGUCGAUAUCUAGCACUAGUCCUAAACCAGUCUCUAAAGACUUGAUGUCCUCACACAGUAAGGAUCACAACAAUUCCUCUUCAAGUAGUAGUAGUAUCGGAAAUGCAAAAAAAGACAACAUGAAUUCCAAUCCAGGGAAAUAUCAUGAAACACCUGAAAUUAAAAGUGAAAAGAAGAACAAUCCAGAGGGACAAAAGCCAACAAUGGAAACUACUGGACCACCUCCACCUCCAACUAAUAGUUAUGGCUACUUGCACCCCUCUUAUCUUGAGCCUCCACAUUUUGGACAUAUGCCUUUUGAGGGACAUCCCAUGUACAGAACUGGACUCAAUCCUAUGUUAAUGUCUUCUGGAGCACCAUAUGGUAAUCCAUCGUACUUGCAUCCCCAACUUCGUUAUCAUGUUUCUCCAGGACCUUGUGAUAUUCCACCUCACUCUCAAGCUUCACCAGCUACUAUGGUACCAAAAGUAUCAUCUAAUGCACCAAAAGCUUUGGACCUGUUACAUCAAGUAUCUCAGCAUUAUUCUUCCCACAAAAUCCACGAACUUCAAGAUAGAGCUAUGAUUUCACCAGGCCCCAUUUCAACACCAUCAAGUACUAUUGCGUCAGCGAGUUCCAGUAAACCAUCUUCGGACACCACCACAACUACUUCCAAACAAGAAACCAGUUCGUCAGGGGACAGAUCACAUCUACCUCCACCGCAGCGCCACCUUCACACGCACCAUCACACCCAUGUAGGAGUGGGUUAUCCACUCUAUGACCCUUAUGGUGCAUUGAUUGCCUCACAGCAUGCAGCGGCUAGCAGUGUUCAUGCUUUUUCUCCGUCUAAAUGAAACCUUGUCUUGGGAUACAGAACUGUUGUUCAACAUAAGUGAACAGAUGUGUUGGUUAUCAGAAACGUUUCUCGAAACACUUAGCUUUUUCUCUAUAUAAAAGACUUUUGUAUGAACUUAGAAGUAAACCAGUAUAAAAGUGGAUAAUUCCAUCGCUUUUCAGCAUGCUUCUGGAUGACGUUGACAACUGAAUAGUGUUUACUAAUCCCUGGUGGUCACAGAAAGCUUCGAUAUGUCGACGUUCUGGUAUUUCAUUCCCGGGAAAGACUGCCUUCAUGUGUAGCUCAAUGUAGCCUGCUUCAAGGAUCAGAACUGAAAGAAUAUUCCCUGCUGUACAUCGCAUCAUCACCUUACUAGCCUAAGAAAACAAAAAAUGGUUAAAAGUUACAUUCAGAUUUAGUAGUGUACCAUAUUUAAUUACGUUUAAAAACUGUAAAGUCGGUGAGUCAUGAGAUGAGAGUAUCUUCUUGACCAACAAAGUUUUGUUUUUUUCAACGUACAUUUUCAUACUUGAGAUUAUUAUUCAUGGGUGUAUAAAACAUAAAGAGAACUUUAGGAGAAUAGUGUGUCUACUGUAAGAUAGUGUGUGCGUAUCUAUAUACAUGCACAUUUUCAUUAAUAUAGGCUUAAGUCUGGUGUUGUCUGUAAAUAGUUACUGUUCUAGAGAAAAGGUGCUAGAUACGUUGUUUAUGAUCAACAGCUUAUAUCAUGGUUGAUAAUCUAUAUAUCUUGCAACAUGGCAACAUCUAGUUGUGAAUGUACAGUGGGUGUCACACAUUAUGUAAGUGCACGUAAAAGUGUUGUAAAAAUAUAAAUAUAUAUAACGAUAGCCUUUUUAUUUGGGUAUAUUAUUGUGUCAGAUACACUGCCAAUGUUUGAUUUAAAGAAGGCUUGAGUCAUUUGUAAAGCUAGUUUUGUGUAUAAAAAGUAACGCACAUCAAAUCGUUUUUAAUCAUAUGAGGUGAAAGUAUGAAAGUAUUACUUAUUUUUCAGUUUUCCCACAAUUCUAGUGAUCAUAAUUAUACAUUAACGUACUUUAUUUCAAGAAGAUUUAACGAAACUGAAAAGCGAUGAGUGAUUUUUGUUAAUGCAGAAACAAAGUCAUUUAAAUAAUUUGCUUCCUUGUGCCAAAUGUUGCAAGAUUUAUUCUUUUUUUUUUUUUUUUGGUUAAAGCAAAACUUUGAGAUGUUUUAUGUGCCAAACUCUGAGCAUAAUUUCAUUUUAAUGUUUUUUGGGUUCCAGUUUUUAUUCGUUAAAAAAAAUUAAGUUUUUGUAUGAAAAAUAUGCAUCGUAAACGUGAAAAAGAACUUUCAACAGAAGUUGUUGAUAGUUAUAAUAAUCCAAGUUAAAUUUUACACGUUUUAGUUUGACCAUGUAAAAAAACGUACUGUCUUUUUUUUAAUAUGAUAAUUGUAAAAAAUUAUUUAAUAUUGUUAUUAUGUACAUGUAUAAAUUUGUUCGUGGUACCAUUUCCUACUUUACUCUUUAUUCUGUUAGUUUCAGUACUAAUGUGCAUGUUACAGCCAUGAACCAUUUGGAAUUAUUCAUAAGUAUACUUCGUUUAUUUCAUUUGCAAGAUUUCCUGUUUAUUAACGCGAAGUUUAUCGAGUUAAAUGUGUGAUACUAAUAAGCAAACGAGUACUGUGGAAGUCCCUGAAAAGUUUAACUGACGACGGAGAGGGAAUUUUGUAUUUGUUAUUGCCUGCCCAAAAAUAUAAUUAUGUAAAACUUAAGAAUGGUUGAUUUUUUUUUCUAUAGCACACAUGUUGAAUAGUGAACUUAUCUUUUAUAUAAGAUAGUUUGUCUUUACAUCCACCUUUUGGAGAAUAUGAUCACUGUAUUUGAAUGUGUUUGUGUGUAUAAAGUUUUUAAUUUUUAUUCAUAUACUUUUCAGGUAAGUGGUGGUAGAGCAUUUUCUGUAUGUUUUGAUUGGCGUUUCACAUUUAACGUUUCUGACAAGUCACCUUAUUGUACAGAAUAGUACUUUGUAAACAUGUAAGAAUACUGUAUCAUGUAUAUAAUGUAGUUUUUAAAGAUUCUUUCUUUGAAAAAAAGUAAUUUCUUUCUCGCUGGUGUUCAGAUACUGUGUUUUUAUGGAACAGAAGUAAAAAGCUUUUAGCACCAAAUGAACGAUUUUCUGAUUUAUAAACCAUCUUAACCUUUACACAUUAGUAUUUUAGAACAAGUUGGUUAACAUAACUUAGUCACAUAUAAGCUAAUAUUUUUUUAAAGAUUCAUAAACUUUUUUUUCAAAACACCGGUAAAACGCUUG